UUGGCGCAGUACGCUUCAACCCGCGGUGAAACGAGGUGUAAUGAAAGCCUUAAGACAAUAAACUAAUCUAUAUUAUCUCAUCAUGUUUAUCUUCCAACCAUAAAUGGUUAUGGUACCAUCCAUUAUCAUCUGAAAUAGGCAUUCUGCCUUGAAACGGAACGCGAGUCAGGAUCGGAUGUUCAUCAGAUUUUGGGAUGUUUCCACCAACGGUGAAGCAGUCAUGGGCGGUGACAGGAGUACUCCUGAACAUGUUGGGACAAGGCAUGGUCCUGAGCUUCCCGGCUGUCCUGCUGCCGGGGCUAAAGGCUGAUGAUUCCACCAUCAAGACUGACUUGGACACUAUGUCUUGGCUUGCUUCUGUGGUGGGCCUGGCGAGCUUCCCCGGUUUCCUGAUUUCCGCUUUCUUCAUGGAGCUGUGGGGCCGGAAGAUCUCACAGGCUCUGGUCAUCGUACCAGGCACCUUGGGCUGGCUCCUCAUCUACUUCGCCACGGACGUGACUACCCUCAUGGCUGGCAGGAUCCUCGGAGGCAUCACCGCCGGAGCCAGCGUCACUUUAGGAGCCGUCAUCAUAGGGGAGUACACCAGCCCACAGCUCCGGGGCAUGUUCCUAAACCUCAAGACUGCGGCCGUGUGCGUCGGCAAUACUCUUGUUCAUAUUGUGGGUCAUUUUUACACUUGGAGAACUGUUGCAAUUUUCGGACUAAUCCCACAUAUCAUUGCUUUCGGAAUUGUCUGCACCUGGCCAGAAAGUCCAACAUGGUUGGCUGCUAGAUUUAAGUUUGAGCAGAGUGAGAAAGCGUGGUUGUGGCUGCGAGGUGACGACCAAAACUCUAGAAACGAGUACGAUAGUAUGGCCAAUGCUCAAAAGCGGAGGCUUUCUGAAAUACGAGAGAAAUCCAGCGUCCAGAGGCACGUGGUAAUCUUUUUGCAGAAGUUCACUCGAAAGGACUUUCUGAAACCUCUGCUCAUAAUACUCUUUGCUGGUAUUUUACUAGAGACGUGUGGAAGGCACAUUUUCCCGGCCUACGCCUUGCAAAUCAUCGAAGAAAUCUCUGGAGAUAAGUCCAGAACCUUCUACUACACGAUAAUUAUAGAUCUGAUAACGACAUUUAGCUCCACAUUCUCGUCAGCGCUGGUUCGCAUGUUAAAGAGACGUACCCUGCUGUUCGUCACUGGCGGAGCAUCUUUAGCCGUGCUAAUGGUCAUCUGUACCUACCUUUACCUGAGUGCUAUAGACGUGAUAUCGAAGGACCGAGCUUGGCUGCCUGUGUCGAUGUUUAUGCUGUACUUUUUAUUUGCAAACUUGGGAUGUACUCCUAUACCUCUAGCGUUGCUUGGAGAGGUGUUCCCAGUAGCCCAUAGAGGCGCAGGAUCGGCAAUGUCAGGGUUGACCCUGGCUAUCUGUCUCAUGGUCGCUUUGAAGAUCACUCCCGCGAUGCUAGAAAGUCUAAAAGUGUACGGAACUUUUGCUGUCUUUGGCGUAGCCAUGGGACUCUCUCUAGUAGUAUUUUACUUCAUCCUUCCAGAAACUAAGGACAGAACUCUGCAGGAGAUUGAAGACUACUUUAACCACGGUCGGUUCCUCAGUGACAAGAAAGUUCGUGGAGAUGAUGAAGAAAAUAGUACCAUGCUUAAGAACUAAGUAUAAGACAUUGUUAUUAAUUCUAGUACCUAAUAGUAUAACGGGGUUUUCAGAAAAAGUGCACAAUUUUCUUUUUUCGAAAAAUUAACAACUCUUGGGUUAUUUUCGACUGAGUAUCGUGAGGAUUAAAACAAAGAAAGAAGUGUCCUCAGUGUCAAAUCCUGGGAUGUCCUAAUGUGAAAAUGCGACAAAAAAAUAUAUUAAAUUUUUCAGACACUUUUCUUUUAAUCGAUGAUUCUAAGUAGAAAUAACCCAAAAGCUGAUGGUUUUUCAAAAAAGGGAACGGUGUCUACAUAUCUGAAAAGGUCCAUCUAAUAUCUUAGAUAGAAUAAGACCCAGAAAAGUCUACAGAGAUUUUGACAGUACACGCAGUGCAAGUGUUAUUUAAGUAUUAAAUAAAUAAAUAAAUAAUAAAUAUUAUAGGACAUUCUUACACAAAUUGACUAGGCCCCACAGUAAGCUCAAGAAGACUUGUGUUGUGGGUACUCAGACAACGAUAUAUAUAAUAUACAAAUACUUAAAUACAUGGAAAACACCCAUGAACAAAUAUCUGUAUCAUCAUACAAAUAAAUGCCCUUACCAGGAUUCGAACCCGGAACCAUCGCCUUCGCAGGCAGGGUCACUACCCACUAGGCCAGACCGGUCGUCAAAUUUAUACUAAGCAAUAAUUUCAAAUAACACCUGCACUGCGUGUGUUGUCAAAAUCUCUGCAGA